GUCUGACAAUUGUAUGUUAUGAACGCAGACUGCAGAGGGUUCAGCUUAUUUCUCACUUCCCAUUUGUCUGGUGAAGUCAGUGCUCGGCGACGUUGCGUGUUUUUCUGUGAAGCAAUAAGAUAAAGUUAAAAUUCGUCACAAGCUUUCAGAAGCAAGAUUCUCAUGCUGCCUUGUUUACAUGAUGGACGGAUAUGUCAUAUCAUCUGCCUCAGAGGAAAUCGUUCCUAAUGAACAUGAGGAUUAUCGACCACCCGCAGAGCUGUACCCCUACCUCCCUAAUGUGGGAGAGAUUUAUGAAGACCACAGAUGGCCCUUCCACUCUGAGCGCAUCCAGCCAACAGACUUUGAUAAUUCACCAGUGAAUCACCUCACAGAGCUCCAGUCUGUGUCUCCUCAACAGCUGAUACCCUACCGCUACAGCAGCGAACCUCUGGCGCUUCAGCUGGACCCAGCACUCGGCGCUCUCGCUGUGUCACCACAAAUCCCAUAUUACACCUCAUCCCAGUGCUACCAGUACCAACCCUCUGCCUCGCCUGGACAAUACUACUCUGAAGAGGAACAAAGAGGAACGAGUCCCCUGCUUCAGGUAUCAGAUGGGGAGGAUGACUUUGAAGACCACAACCACUCCUCCUUUAGGAAAGACACUACCAAUAAGAAGAAAAUCCGCUUGUACCAGUUCCUUCUGGACUUGCUAAGAAAUGGUGACAUGAGUGACAGUAUCUGGUGGGUGGACCAGGACAAGGGCAUCUUCCAGUUCUCCACAAAACACAAAGAAGUUCUGGCCAGCCACUGGGGAAUUCAAAAAGGAAACCGCAAAAAAAUGACCUAUCAAAAGAUGGCUCGAGCUCUGAGGAACUAUGGUAAAACUGGAGAGAUCAGAAAGGUCAAGAAGAAACUAACCUACCAGUUCAGUGAGACCGUGCUGAGGAGCCUCUACUUACGUCAGUAUCCUCACUGAUGAAGGAACAAAGGCUGUCUUUUAUUACGCUCAAAUCCCUAAACUAGCCAAGACUGUGUUUUACCUGUUUGCAAUUUCACUUUCCACCAAGUUUUCUCACCUAUUUAUUUGUGAUGUACAUCCUCUAAAGCAUUUGCUUCUAUAUAAACUUCAUUUCAGACUUAAAAAAAGAGUUUGCAUAUCUGUGUCUGUGUACUAGGAUUAAAGAAUGAUCAAAAAUCCGAGACAUGUUAAAAAAAUACAAAAAUUCAAGCGUUUGUUUGUCAUGAAUGUCUGCAAAUAAAUUUUAUUUUCUAUUG